UACUCCCACGUAAAUUUGUCGACUCGACGUCUACCCCGCCAUGGUUCCCGACCUUCGUCCAUUGCACAGACACCAGCUGACCAGGGAUCUAUACGUACCUACUCCUGCUCCAAUGCUUCACGGUCGUCUCAAAUUAUUAACCCUUCGAUAUCCAAUUUGGCUGCAUAUACCCAUCCUAUAACCCCAUCUUUCCCUCAGCUCUCGAGCUCUCGACCAAGUUCAUUGCUUGUAACAGUAUCGCCUCCCAAGCCUGGUGCUGCAAUUCCGGUAACUGAGUCUCAGCCAACGCCUGCUGCACAGUACGAUGCACUGGAUUGUGCUAUACUGGGCAACAUCACUACGUUGAGUGCUGCCUAUUCUGCCUUUUGGCCCCUGGCGCCGGAACAAGUUCAAAGAUAUGAAAGAGAACUCAUCACCUAGUCGGACAGACUACUGGAUCGAUCCUCUGACAAUUUCUUUUCGUCCCGACCAUUGUCCUGACAGUUGGUUAACAUAUGUGCACCCUGAAGGUGCUCGCUACUUUGUUUGCGAGAGGAAGGUGUCCCCAUGCACAGGUAACUACCAUGAUGCCAUGAUAUACUCCGGAUGUUUGUUACCUAGGAUAUUCACGGAUAUUAACCUCUACGAUCCGGACAAGUUGGAACUCAUUACGAAGUUUAUGGUCGAUAUGGAGGACUACAUUAGGGCAAAGGGUAUCAACAUACAUGCCAAUGUCGAUCUUGUGUUCGACCUUAGACGAGACCCAGACAAUGGCGAUAUUUGUUGCGCAUAUUACUUUGCAAGCCACGAUGAUCGGUCUAUCUUUUGGCUGGACGACUUCAACUCCAUCUAUCUCGACAGAUGCAACGAAGUCAACGGUGUCACCGAGCAGUCUCAUAUUGGUCACGAAAUAGAGGCGCAGUACUGGUAUCAUUGUCAAUUAUUCCCCACGUGUCUGGAGAUGACUGAAGAUAUCAUUGACGAACUCAGGGAUAUCCUGAUAUAUUGUCUUGGAGAUACCAUGACUUCACCAACGGCAAACUCUCCAUAUGGUGUUACAGAGCUAGAACCAAUGCUAACUCUUGCGAAUACUAUCAGGAAAUCCGUAAAAAAAGGACAAAGAGGGCACCCGGGUUCAGUGUGCAGCAUAGGUCGUUUCAUGUACAUUUUUGUCCAACAACGAUUUUACAACUUCCAUGGACAGCCUGGUGCUCGACUUGAGCGCGAAAAGUCAGUUUACGGACGAAAACCCAAACGUACACCCCUCGUUGCCCUGCUAUCGCCAUUGUUAUUUUUUGCACCCGACAUUCAUCUCACUUCCCUCGAAAAAAUCUGGGGCGACGGACUCGUCAGCAAAGUAUCCUGGACUAUAUUCAUCGAGAAGCUCAAUACCGAAUGGCAGGAGUUCAUCCUCUAUUCUACUGUUUUACUCAACGCUAACGUCGCUUUCCUGGCCAUUCAGAGUGUCGAUGAAUCCAGUGAGAACGCGGGACGGUCACCCGCCCAAAUAUCGAGUUAUGUCUCCAUCAUCGCAAGUAUCGGGAGCAUCAUUCUGGGCUUGCUCCUGAUUCGAAAGAAUCGUUCCAAGGCGCGUGACUCCUCCGGGGAUGCAUGGCGAUUUCUUCGCUCACAAAAGCACAAUAAGACCGGUCUGGAAACGCUUGCUAUCUUGUAUGGGUUGCCUUAUGCUCUCCUCAUGUGGGCUCUUAUGUGUCUUACCGCUUCCAACUUGUCCGUCCGAAUGCUCGUGGGUAGCGCCUGGUUAGCUAUCGGUGCUCUCAUCCUCUGGUGCAUCAUGACGUCAUGGGAAACCAAGCUGCCGGAUCAUCGUUGGUAUAGGAUUGAUGUUUGAGUUUUUGGGCAAGGUUUGGGAUCGAUUACCUGCACCGACCGUACAUUGGAAUAUCGUGGAGAGACUCAGUAACAUAAAUUGGCCGUUCCGAAGGCCUUCGAUGGACUCGGAGAAGACGGCUGUUGACAAAUCUGAGGUAUGAUUUAGGGAUAACGAACCAAAGACAGUUUUCUAGCCGUCUAAAUCAUGCUGAUCGGCUGACAACGGCGAUCGAUUAGAUUCGAUUGAAUUUCGAUCACACACCGCUUUCCAACGGCGGCCUUGACUUCGAGUUCGACUGUACUUACGACCUAUUAGCAAACGUACAGCUCAAGUACAGCUUAUAAGUUUAGGAUCUAUAUUGUCGCCUCUGGCUGUUUUAGGCACUGCAGC